CUGGGCCGCGCUCGCGGGUUCCGGGCUAGCCACGGUGGCGGAGUGAGGCCAGGCCAGGCGGGCUCCCGUCCCGGGUCCGGCGCGGAGGGCGAGGGAAGUGGCGGCGGCGGCUGCCAGGCGGGGCCGGAGAGGCGGCCCCCCGUCCCCCCUCGGGUGUCCCGCCCGCCAACCCUGCGAGGGCAUUUUUUUCGCCGCCUGGUUGGUGUGGAAACGAUGUCCCGCGUCCCUUUGGGAAAAGUCCUUUUGCGGAAUGUCAUUCGCCACACAGACGCCCACAACAAGAUUCAGGAAGAGUCUGAAAUGUGGAAAAUACGCGAGAUGGAGAAGCAGAGCCAAGAGAUACACUGGGGCAAACAGGAGAGGACUCUUCUGAACAGCUCCAGCAGCAGGAUGCGUAGCGAUGGCUUUGAUGAGGACAGCCAGCAGGCCUCCUGGAGGACAAGGAACAUGCCGGUUAUGGCAGUGACCCUUGAAGAUGACCUUCGACACGCCCGCUAUUGGAACAAGAAGCUCUACGAAUGCGAAGCUAACAUGCCUGACAGAUGGGGUCACAGUGGCUACAAAGAGCUGUAUCCAGAAGAAUUUGAUACAGACAGUGACCGGGAACCCGACCGAGAACAAAACUCCGUGAACGGCAAAAGAAAAUCCCAGUCGGGCAAGCCAAGCUCCGCGAAGCUGCACAAAAGGAAGAAGGCCAAGAAGUCGCACAAGAAGAAGCAGAAAAAGAAAUCUCACAAGAAGAAGAAGAAGAAGAAACGCGAGGCGGGGGCGGCAUCUUCCCAGGAGUCCGAGGGCUCGGAGGGGGAGCCCCCCAAGAGGAACAAGAAGAAGCGCCACAAGAAGGACAAGAGGGCCCCCGAGGGGCCUCCCGCCUCGUCCUCAGAUCCAGGCAGCGGCUCCAGCAAAGCCAGCAGCUGCCUCUCCAGCCGCUCUGGGGACAGUGACUCAGAGGAGCCAGCCAGGAAGAGGCGGAAACGCCAGGCGUCCCUGUCCGAAAGAGCCGGAGACAGAGCGCCGGAGAAGCGCAGCAAGAGGAAGAACUGGAAAGUAGCAGCUGACGAGAACUCCGAGGACAGCUCAGAGGAGGAUUAGAACCCGGCUCCAGGACAGCGCUUCCUCUCCCCACCUCCCCCCAAAGGCCCAGCUCUGCUCGGAACAAACUUGGAUUUGGUUCCGCUGGCAGGGGCAGGGGGCGGUGCGAGUUUCCCUUGGACCAGAGAGGAAAACAAAAGGCUUGGAUUCCUUUGGCCUGGCUUGGAUUCUAGCUGGAUAGUCCCUUUUGUUCCCCAUCGGGAUGGACCUUCCAUUUUCUAAUUUCUACUCUCAAAGGCAACCGGAACACUGGGUGGUUUAGUCCCCCCCUUUGCCUUUUGACAAAAAUCACCUGGAGUUUAAUUUUUAUUUUUAAUUGCCCAAGACUUGCAGAUGGGUUGCAAUUAAAAGCACGAGGGAGAGAGGGGAGGUGGUGUUCCCCAAGCAGGUAGGCAGGCCUCGCUCUCCACUUUGAACCGUGUCCUCAACUGUAGAGGUAAGGGGGCAAAGGCUGGCUCAGAAUAAACCCAGACCCCACUGCAGCCUCAGGGUUGACUAAGUUGUCACCUUGUGAAGAAGCGCCUCUCCAUACCUGGAAGAAUGCAGGUCAUCCUAUCCAUUCACGUGCCGUUGGGGGACUAGAUCUCGUUUCGGCUGGCUGUGUCCUCUUCUUAAAUUAUCUCUUGCUGCCAGAAAUUCCAGAGAAAAUGCAGCGAGCCCUCGGCUUCUUGUAGCCAUUAAUAGGAUGAGCAACAAGAGAGGAUCUAUCUUUGUGUACGGUGCCUAAUUAAGAGCCAUGUUAAGGGUGGGAUUUUGUUUGUUUUUGGUAAAACUAUUCAUGGCUUUCUAAUGCCAGUUAAGUAGCUGUGGAAGGAGGACUCACAAAAGAACAUUCCCAGGAAAGAGCCCAAAUCACACCUGUCUCCUACCUCCCCAGACAACUGCAGUUCUGCAAGAGAGACUGAAAUAUGGGGGAAGCCUUGAGAUUAACAAAACAAAGAGAUUUUGCUAAGUAUGCCUUUACUCAUCAAAAAUAUACUGAGCAGAUUUGUUGAACCUAACACCUAGCAGUUCUCUGAUGCUGGCCAUCCCCAAUUCCCCUUCACCAAGUUUUGGAAAAUACUCACUUCAGCCUUCUGCCAGUUUUGUAUUUAACACAGUUUUUCCUCCCCUGGUCUCCCCGCACAACGGUCUAACAUAAAACGUCUGGACUGAAUGACCCUGUUCUAAAAUGUAGAAGAAUAAGCUGGGCCUUUUUUUUUUUUCGUUCUUUGUGUACAGGGAUAUAAAAAGUAUUUUUGGAAAUAAUUGUUGCUAUGAGAAGCAAAGCCAUUGAAGUUAUUUCUAUGAAAAAUCAUAUUUU